GUGUUCUGUUUCUCCAACAGAGGAGACCAUGACUUCCUCCGUCCUCCUCUCAUUGGUCGUCCUCGUCCUCCUGCUGGGUCCAGUUUCCUCUCAGAACCUCGAUCCUGCUUUGGAGGACCUGAUCCAGAGGAACACAGACUUUGGUACCCGUCUCUACCGAGCCGUCGCCAGCCGAACGGACGACAAUGUCUUCCUGUCUCCUCUCACGUUGUCUGCCGGACUAAUCGCUCUGCUGACCACCACCAGCGGUCCAACCCAGGACCAGCUGCUUCAAGGACUCACACUGACCGGACUUGACCCUCAGAACCUGCCAGAUCAGUUUCAGACUCUGAGGAACACGGUCUUUCAGAAGGAUGCGGUCCAGAACCUCCAGCAGGGCGUGGCCAUCUUCCCUGCUCAGGGUUUCCAGGUGUCCACAUCCUAUCUGGAUCUGGUUCAGACAAAGUUUGGGGGGAAGGUUCAGAGUUUGAACUAUAUGGCAAAUUUUGAUGCCAUCGACGCCAUCAACCGCUGGGCCCAGAACCAGACCGGAGAACGGGUCCAGGAACUGUUGUCCAUCCUGGACACGCAAACCCAGCUGCUGAUUGCGACCGCCGCCUCUUACCAGAGUAAGAAAGUCCCACAUGUUCUUAAGGAAUUUUUUCCUGCGUGCUUCAGCCCGGUCUUUAACUCGUCCUCCACUCAGGACGAGCGUUUCUACAUGAACAAGUACCAGGUUGUCAUGGUUCCCAUGAUGUCCCGGGCCGAUAAGUACUUCCUGGCGUACGACCGCUUGGUGAAGGCCGGCGUGCUGAAGCUGCCGCUGGCGGACGGAGCGGCCAUGUUGGUGGUGCUGCCCGAUGAAGGCGUAGACAUCACUGCUGUGGAAGAGGAAGUGACAUCAGGGAAGAUCCGGACAUGGGAAGUUGGAGGUGCAGCUUCCUCGUUUCUUGUUGGAGCGUCCCUACUCUCUGAAAAACGUCCUUCAGACUCUUGAUGUCGUUCAGGUGUU